AUGGCUACUGAGAUCGAUAUCCCAGUGGCUCUUGCCCACAACGCCUCAACUCCCGGCGCUUCCUCUCCCCAGGACACCUCCCCCACGUCCGCAAGCAAGAUGAACCAGACCCCUUCUCCCUCGGCUUCAGCCCAGAACGGCCAGGGUUCCUCCUCGCAAUCAAGGCGCCCGCCUCGCAAGAGCACCUUGACCCAGCAGCAAAAGAACCAGAAGAGACAACGCGCCACCCAGGACCAGUUGACGACUUUGGAGAUCGAGUUCAACAAGAACCCGACUCCUACUGCCACCGUUCGUGAGCGGAUAGCGGAAGAAAUCAACAUGACCGAAAGGUCAGUUCAGAUCUGGUUCCAGAACAGACGCGCCAAGAUCAAGCUUUUGGCGAAGAAGAGUCUCGAGACUGGAGAAGACAUUGAUUCGAUCCCCGAAUCCAUGCGAGCCUACCUCGCCAUGCAGGCGAUGGAGUCUGGUAAGGGCCUGGGCGGCCCCUUCCUCGGCCGAACCGGCCUUCUGCCCUACGGCCACAGCAACAUGCUUGUCGGCGGCGACCCGAACGGCCAGGGCAAAGUUUUGAUCCACCAUCUUACCUGCCGUUCUCUCAGCAUCGGCAAGUGGACUCGCGUCGGACAGAACACGAUGGAUCUCAUCAUUUUCUACUCCCCUGACAAGUGCACCAUGACCUACUACAUCAACAACGAACAGGCAGGUUACAAGAUCGAAUAUCCCUUUGCCUGCAUCAAGAACAUCUUCCUCGAAAACCAGGAGGGCGACCCCAACAAGCCUGGUGGCAUCGUCAUCGAGCUGAACCGUCCACCCAACUUCUUCAUGGACUCGUCUCCUCAAGCAAACGGGUUCUUCCAGUGUGGCGACUUCACCGAGGACCAGCAGGCCUCGCAAUGCAUGGUCCACCACCUCGGUGGCAACCCCAAGGUUCUAAGUGGUCAGUUGGCCAAGCUCGUUUCCCUGGAGGCUUUCAUGAACCGCAACAACCCUCACCAAUUCAUCGACCAACAACACGCUCUCUCCGUGUCCGCGCCCGUGUCGCCCACCGGACGUCCCUCGUCCCAGCCCAACUUCGCUCAGCCUCACAUUGGCAUGUUCCAGGAGUCUUGGGGCAUCAACAACAUGCAUCCUGGCAUGCGUGGUCCUGGUCACAAGCGCCAGCGCAGUCGCUCGGUGCCCAUGGCCGUUGACUUCUCCAUGCUGCAAAACCCCAUGCCUUCCUUCUACAUCCAGCAACCGGGUGAGAUGUCGGCUCCUCAGACUCCUGGCCCCAACAUCUACGCUCCGAUCCCCCAGCAGCCUGGUGGCUUGGGUCCGAACCUGAGAAUCGACACUCAGGCUGGAUUCGGCCUGGACAUGAGACAGUAUCCCAUGUCGGCAACGACUGCUUCUCCCUCCGACUUCCCGACGAGUCCCAACUUUUUCUCUCAGGGUCCGGAGCCGAGCCCUCUCCCGGCCUCGAGCUACAACACGCCGUACGGCACCGCUUUCCUGUCUCCGAUGGCGAACCAUUCACCAAGCAUGAUCCCACCCUCUGUGUCCCCUCUUUCAUUCGGAAGCCAUCACGGGGAGCCUUCGAUUGUUGAGCAGUCGCCUCCCUUUUCCAUGCCAGGCAGAUCGGCCUCGGCCGACAUCUACCAGCAAGGCGACAAUGGGUCAUGCGCAGUAUCUGACGACGGCACCGGCCUGAACGAGAUGUACUCGAAGCACACCAUCAACCUGCCAAUGCACCCUCACUCACCGGCAUACGGCGACCAGGGCCACGCCGACCUUGACAUGAACCAGCUGGUUCAGUUUGACACCGUCGACCCCAACUCCAUGUCCCCCGAGUCCAUGCAUCAGACACCGCACUGA